AUGAAGAAUAUAAAAAUGUCUUCAACGGCAUCUGGUUUAUACCAGAAACAUAGAGUGAAUCUACUACGUUCCUCAUACAUCAUAUUGCUGCUAGCAACGCUUUACAACUCAAAUUCAAGCUCUAGCAAUAAUAAAAACGGUAAAAAGGAUACACAGUCGACGGAUUCAGAGAGUGAAAAGAUUGGGGAAGAAAAAGGAGCAGAACUAGAUGAAGAAGAAGAGGAUGAUAACAAUGAAGAGUUGACGAUGGUUUCCAAACACAGUACCGAUUCAGUCAAUGGAACAAUAGCGGUAGACAAAGAAAGUAUAAAUAAGGAUAAAGAAAGACGGCAGCCGGGAAAGGUAGAUUUUCUGUUCAAACUUUUGCUACAUGACAGGAAAUGUCUUGUUUUAUUUAUCACGCAGGCUAUCCUUUUGAAUAUCAGGACGUUAUUGUCUCUUCGUGUGGCUACUUUGGAUGGUCAGCUAGUUUCCACUUUAGUGAGAGCCCAAUACGCAAAUUUCGCAAAGAUUUUACUGGGGAAAUGGAUGAUUCUCGGGAUCCCCGCAAGCUUUAUCAAUUCUUUGAUUAGCUACACAACUAAGUUGUGCUCUGUCACUAUUAAUAGGAAAGUCUCGGAUUUUCUGUUAUCAAAAUAUCUCUCUAACCAUCAUACCUUUUAUUCCGUGGCUUCUGCUGACUCUGUAUCUGAGAUCCAAGAUAACUUAACAAGGGACAUUUACACAUUUUCGAUGAAUUCAUCGUUACUACUAAACCAAUUGCUGAAGCCAAUGCUGGACCUGAUCCUUUGCUCAUUCAAACUAUUAACAUCGAAUACUAGUGUCAUGGGUGAAGGUACGCUGGCACUAGGCCUGAUCGUGUACGCUUCCAAUUCCUUACUAAAGCUAAUUCAACCGAAUUUUACAAGGCUUACAAUGGUAAGCUCGUCUUUGGAAAGUUGGUUCCGUUCUUUACACUCAAAUCUGCAUUCUAGCAAUGAAGAAAUCGCACUGCUGAGAGGACAGAAGAGAGAAUUAGCCAACGUUGAUUAUUCAUUUUACCGUUUGGUGCUAUUUUUAAAUAGAGAAAUAAAGGCAAGAGCCAUUUACGAUAUUGCUACUGCUUUUGUCAUUAAAUAUACUUGGGGUGCAGCUGGUUUGGUGUUAUGUUCGAUUCCAAUAUUCUUCAAAGACCCACCAAGUGAAGACGCCUUGGAACUUAAGGAGCCCAAGACUGAUAUGACAGCUGACUUCAUUACAAAUAGGAGGCUGUUAGUUACUGCGUCUAGUUCCAUCGGAAGGUUUGUCGAAUUGAAAAGGAAUAUUCAGCAAUUACGUGGUAUCAGAUUACGUCUAAAUAAAUUCAAUGACCUAUUGGAUGCAAAUAAAGGUGAUGCUAAUGAGUCAAAUAAGGAAGGGUACAUAGUGGAAUAUGAUGACUCAAAAAUAAAAUUUGAAAACAUUCCGUUGAUAACUCCUACGAAUCAGGUUUUAGUUCCUGAACUAAGUUUUGAUUUGGAGCAUGGGAACCAUCUGUUGAUUAUUGGGCCUAAUGGUUGCGGUAAGUCAUCGUUAUUCCGUAUACUUGGUGGAUUAUGGCCUGUGAGGGCAAGUGCCAAUAAAAAUCAUCAAUCCAAAUUAAUAAUGCCCCGUAGAACUGUGGGUAAAGAUUGUGCAAUCUUUUAUUUGCCUCAAAGGCCAUAUAUGGGGAAUAGGUCAACUUUCAGAGAGCAGAUUAUUUACCCAGAUACGAUUGAACAGUUUGAAGAAAAGUAUCACAACGAUUACAGCUUAGGUGAUGCAGACUUGAUAAAAAUUUUGCAGUUAUUGGAUUUGGAAGAUUUAGUUACAGAGAACAUGUCACUUGUGCUAGCCCAAAGAACUUCUAAAAAUGGUAUUCAGCAACCGCCAUCAGAGGGGAAUCAAUCGCCAUGUAGUAUCGAGAUACGUGAUGCAUUUAGUAUAAUAAGAAACUGGUCCGAGGAAUUAACAGUCGGCGUUCAACAAAGACUAGCCAUGGCAAGGAUGUAUUAUCAUAAGCCUAAAUUUGCUGUCCUUGAUGAAUGUACAUCAGCAGUGGCUCCAGAAAUGGAGCAACAAAUGUACGAAAAUGCCCAAAAGUUUGGUAUUUCAUUAAUAUCCGUUUGUCAUAGAACUAGUUUAUGGCAUUUUCACAACUAUCUUUUGAAGUUUGACGGUAAAGGCGGAUAUCAAUUUGGUCCCUUCAACCCACAAGAAAGGUUAGGAAAUGAGGAAAAAUUGCUUGAAUUAAAUGCCAUACUAGACCAACAAGUACCGCUCUGGGAGAGGAAAUUGAAAGAUUUGACAAUUGCCAAAGAAUCAAACAUUAUUCGUAAGUCAGAGACCAACUUGAACCUUUUCGGAAAAAUCGAAGAUCCAAAAUCAUCCAAAGCCAACGCAUUAUUGGACUCAAACAAAGACAAAUCUUUUAUCACACCAUCCAUAGGGAAAGAGACCAGUAAAAGGCUACCGCUAUUUUCGAAACCAUCAUCAACAGCAUCGUCAAAUUUAUUAAGAAACAACAAAAGCAAGACGAAGAAUGGAAAAUCCAAAACGGAACCAUCAAAUGAAAAAUAG